AAAGGUCGCGCGGAUGAAAAGAGAUUGAGCUUAAUUUUGAUCAAGUCAAACUGGGCAAACGUAUCACUGAUUUGGUGACCUGCUACUGCAAUAUUUAAAGAUUUUACCGAAGAAAAAUAACGGUUUUCAUGCUUUGAAUUAGUUUUGCAAGUAUGAACUUCUCUGUCAGAAAAAUAACCAUAAAGUUUGACAAAUGAUAGCGGUUUACAUGCUUUGGAUUUAUCACGUAGUAUUACAAUAUGAAAUUCUCAGCCCGCCCCCACAUGCUAGUUACAAUUUCUUUAUUUAAAUAAAUUCAAUGACAACAAUGAAAGUCUGACUAAUUUGGAAUUUGUGUUAUGUUCUUCAUUGAGAUCUACAUUCCAAUUGGAUAAAAACUACCAUUCCCGGGUUUGUAAGACUAAUUUAUUUUAUUUCUUUUCCUUCUGUUGUCUGGAGUUUGAAUUUUGUUCAGAGAUAACCCAAGUACAAGGUACCGGGUUUUUUUGAUUUCUGUUAUUACAGGUGAUCCUUGAUGUGGGUAUUGAUUCUGUUUUAUAAUUCUGUUGCUUAGAUAUUUUGCAGACUAUAUACAGUUUUGAGAAUCAAAUGGGCAAGCGAAUUCUGUUGCCAGCUCAGGAGAUAGACCUUGCUAAUGUGCAAUAUGUUCAGGAACGUAUCGAGGCUCCACAUCUUACAGGUUUUCUUCUAAAGCUUUUUGUCUGGCUCGUGGAAUCUCGAUUAUUUGGCAAUGCAAUUCUCUCAUUUUUAAAGCACCAAAACAAAAUGACACAGAUAUUACGACAUACAGUAAUUCCAGAGGAACCUAUGUUUUUUCCAGAGUUUCCAACACAAGAGCCAGAGACUGCAGUGGACUGUGUGGAUGAAGAUACUCAGCCAACCUUGCGUGUGGAGCAUGCAUUGAAAUGCUUGCCUUCAUAUGAUUCAUCCAAGGCCUCACGUGUAGCACACAGCAAUUCUUUUUUGUAUUGGACAAUUCGUGACUAUGCUGAUGCAUAUCGAUCUGGUCAGACCACACCAUCUAAUGUGGCAGAAUGUAUCAUCUCAGCUGUGGAAGAAUCACUCAAUAGAAACCCCCCAUUGAUCUUUUUCAUUUCUUUCAAUGCCAAUGAACUCAGAAAGCAAGCUGCUGCUUCUACAAGGCGCUUUGAAGAAGGAUCACCCCUGUCUAUUUUGGAUGGCAUUUUUAUUGCAAUUAAGGAUGACAUAGAUUGCUAUCCCUAUCCUUCUAAAGGUGGCACAGUCUGGUUUCACAAGGUAAGAGAGGUCAAGCAAGAUGCAGUUUGUGUGUCAAGAUUACGCAGUUGUGGGGCGAUAUUAGCUGGGAAGGCAAAUAUGCAUGAGCUUGGUAUGGGAGUUACUGGGAAUAAUCCACAUUAUGGGACAACUCGAAACCCUCACAUGACUCAAUACUACACAGGAGGGUCAUCCUCAGGUCCUGCUGCUAUUGUAGCAUCUGGAUUAUGUGCAGCUGCUUUGGGAACUGAUGGUGGAGGCUCUGUUCGAAUACCAUCUGCUCUUUGUGGUGUAGCAGGCUUUAAGACAACAUAUGGACGUACAGAUAUUACAGGUUCUAUAUGUGAAGGUGGAACUGUGGAGAUUAUAGGACCGAUUGCAGCAACAGUUGAGGAUGUGAUGUUGGUGUAUGCUGCAAUAUUGGGAUCAUCAACAGUUGAUUUGGCUCGCUUAAGACCGAUGCCUCCUUGCUUCCCUAUGCUGGGGACAACUGAUAAUUUUAAUGUUUUGGGAUCACUCAAACUUGGGAAAUAUUCAAGUUGGUUUGCUGAUGUGUAUUCUAAUGACGUUUCGGACACUUGUGAACGGAUUCUCACUCAACUUGCUAACAAUUUUGGAAUUGAAACAAGAGAGAUAAUACUACCAGAACUUGAGGAAAUGCGUGCGGCUCACCUUGUUUCUAUUGGAUCAGAGGCACUCAAUCAUUUAUAUCCACACUUUGAGAAUAGACAAAGGAAGGCAUUGUCCUAUGAUGUCCGUGUUAACAUGGCCCUUUUUGAGUCCUUUUUGGCUGCAGACUAUGUAGUUGCUCAAUCUCUCAGGAGACGUAUCAUGCAUUACCAUAUGGAAGCAUUCAAACAUGUUGACAUCAUAGUGACCCCUACAACAGGUAUGACAGCACCAAAAAUACCAUCAUCUUCUCUGCAAAUUGGAGAGACUGAUUUUGAAACAUCAGGCUAUCUUAUGCGAUUUAUCAUUGCACCAAAUCUGAUUGGCCUUCCAGCAAUAUCUAUUCCUGUUGGUCAUGAUAAAGAUGGACUCCCGGUUGGACUGCAACUAAUAGGUCGACCAUGGGCUGAGGCAACCCUGUUACGCCUGGCUUCAGCAAUAGAGGAACUUGCGCCACCUCAAAAGAGACCAGCUGUAUUUUUCGAUUUUCUCAAGAGAGUAUGAAAACAAACUGUCCUUGGAAUUCAUCAUUAAAGCCAUGUGGAAGAACACAUAUGAAUUAUGAACACAAAUAAAUGUCAAAAUUACUUUGAUUCAUAUAGAAAAACAUUCAUCUGCACAAGUUUUGUUUUCGGGACUCUAUACUAAUAUGCUGGCUGCAUUCAAUAAUGGGUACCUCCCAAUAUUAUUUGUAUUUUACUGGUUAAAUAAGUGCUAUCAAUUGAUUGUAUUAUUGAUGAAAUUGUUACUUGUUUGGAAGGUACGUUACUAGGCAUCUAAAUGAUGGUAGAAUUAUAUUGGAAAAAUAUAAAAUAUCGUAGAUGUUAUAUUA